AUGCUCGUCACACAGAGGUCUUGCAGUUCUUGCGUUCUGGGUCCCCUGGGACCUAGAGCUUCCCACCAUCCGAGCACCCGGCAACCUCCUCCUCCUCCGCGGAGGAGCCUCGGCCUUGUGCAGGGUUCCGUCCUCGGUGUCUCGGGCCUUUGCUUUCGAAGAAGGGGCCCGGGCAUGGGCAAGCGAUCAGCUGGCGCUGCGAGCCUUGACGCUGUGGAGUGCCAGGUUCAGGAGGAGGACACCUUGCCUCAUUAUUUUCCAAGGACCAUUGACACUUCAGAAGCCGAUGAUUCUAUCAGUGAUGAUGUAGUCUCUGGAGAUUCUACUGCCGAUAUUUGCGAGCUCAUCGGCAUGGAUAUGGGCGAAAGCUUAGACCGUGAGCUGGGGAAGCCUUUCAAUGAGGAGGAGCUCAAAGAAGCCUAUGCAAACAGUGGCUAUUUUGAUGCCAAGCCGUCUCAGAAGCCCUCCGCCAUGUGGCUUAUAGGACCCAGUGCUUGUGGGAAGUCCACUCUUGCGCCGCAAGCUGCCAAAUGGGUGGGCAUGGAUCAGGAGGGCUACGUGACGGUAGACGGAGAGGCGUUCCGUGAUGCCCACGGGGGGUACAAGAAAGCGAUACUGAAAGGGCGUCAACACGGGUGUGUGUGGUGGGGUGCCUACCUGGGCAUCCGGGAGAACAUCAACGAGGAGAAGCAGGAGCUCUUAGAGGCGGCCAUGAAGGACAGGAAGAACUUGCUGAUCCCGAGCACAUGCCUCCGGCGCUCCCAGUGCGUUGACGUGACCGAGAGCCUAAGACAGGCUGGGUACGACAUCCACAUCAUCGGAGUUUUUGGGGACAAGGACACCAUCGUCGAGCGUGGCCGCAAAAGGGCCGCCGAUCAAGGCAAACGCUACGAUCCAAGAGAGUUUGAGCUGGCACUGAUGAUGUUUGCCCCCAUGCUUCGGCUGUGCACUGGGAUGUGGCGGAUGGUAUGCACGACCGGGCAGAAGGACUGGAAUGAUUUGCAGGUUUCUUGCGGUGGUGAGGGUCCUCUUCUGGAGGAUGGCAUUGAACAAGUUUGCACCGAUGUUUUCGAAAUAUACCGGGAGGAUGCAUCGCAAGGUGCAUGA